AUGGUAGCAUCUAUAUUUGGAAAGUCUGCAGUGUUUGACUACCUGAGACUACAAAGUGCAGAUCUGACACUGGUUGAUGAGACUGGAGAUGAUUUGUUCACUCUCGCCCUUCAGGGAGGAUGUAGACAAAUCAUAGAACGAUUAUCACCUGAUGGACAAUAUGUGAAGAAGCAGAAUCCCUGGACUACACUGAGGAGAUCGGUAGUGACUGGAUCUUUUGAAAAGUUGAAAGUUUGCCAUGACAACAGUCCUGAGCUUGUUCAGACAGACCAGUUUGGAGACAGUCUGCUUCAUCUGGCUUGUCGUGGAGGCAACAGGAAAUGUGCAGUGUAUCUGCUCCCGUCCUAUGACAUCAAUGUCCGAGGUCGGUAUAACUGGACACCGGUGAUGAUGGCGGCUGUGUGUGGACAUGAGGAUGUCUUCCAGCUGCUUGUGGACCACAAGGCUGAUCUUUCCUUGCUCUCAGACACAAGAGAAUGCAUCCUUACUCUGGCUCAGAGAGGGCAGAAGCAAUGA